ACAAAGAGAAAAAGAAAUAGUAGAGUAAGGACGUAAAUAGGUUCUCGACGCAUUGAAAAGGAUAGCAAACGAAUACUGAGUCAGAGGGAGAGAAUAAAAGUUAUAACGGGAGCAACAAAGAGCAGGAGAACAAGUGCCUUCUGCUGAUCAACGGUGUAGCAAAUUAUUCAAUAUUCCUGUACAUUGACUGCGAGAAACAUUUUACGGUGAUUACUCUGAUACUUCGUCGAAUUUACAUAAGAGAAAUUCAGUUCUCUAACUUAGUGUUUAAUCUUUCAAAAUAGUUAAUACCCUUGAGCAGAUAACUUGUUACAAGAAAAUAUGCCUAAUAUCAAGCUACAGAGCUCCGAUGGUGAAGUUUUUGAAGUGGAUGUUGAUAUUGCAAAGUGUUCGGUCACUAUAAAGACCAUGUUGGAAGACCUUGGAAUGGACGAAGAUGAGGAAGAAGUGGUACCUCUUCCAAACGUUAAUUCAGCUAUCCUCAGGAAAGUAAUACAAUGGGCUACUUAUCAUAAGGACGAUCCACCUCCACCUGAAGAUGACGAAAACAAGGAAAAGCGUACUGACGAUAUAAGUUCUUGGGACGCAGAUUUCUUGAAGGUUGAUCAAGGAACUCUGUUUGAAUUAAUUUUGGCAGCUAAUUACCUUGAUAUUAAGGGUUUGUUAGACGUAACGUGUAAAACUGUUGCUAAUAUGAUAAAGGGCAAAACGCCAGAAGAAAUUCGAAAGACAUUCAAUAUUAAAAAUGAUUUUUCUGCAUCCGAAGAGGAACAAGUACGCAAAGAAAAUGAAUGGUGUGAAGAAAAAUAGAUUUGGUCAUGGAUACCUGGUUUCUUGGUUAUUAAAAAGUUCAGUUCCAAUGUUUGAAAUUUUAAAAGUUAAUACAUGACUUCUAUUGUUUUGAAGAGGUCGUUAAAAUGGUCACAGCACUUUCCACUCAAUGCAACAAAUAGUGUAUACAUUUUAAAUUUAAGAAUGAGUCACAUUAAUGUGUUUGUGGUUUAUUUAUUUCAGAUUCCUUAUAUAACAUUUAAUAAUACCAUUUAGCGUGCAUAAUGGAAAUUAAACAAGUUUGUAAUAUUAUAAUGAUUGUUAUCUCUACCUUAGGAGUAUAAUAGAUCUGCAUAACUAUUGUGUUUCAUUUACAUAGAAUAUAAAUUUAAUUUCUA